AUGCCAUCAGUGACCUUGGGACUAAAUAUUGCAAGGUUUUCUACUCUUGCUGAUCAGAAACAACUCCACCAUCACCAACAACAACAGCAAUUACCCGAUGUCUUCUUAAAACGACUUCCGUAUGCUCCAGACCAGGUGCAAGUCCAAAGUCUAGUGUCCAAUGCUGUGAGAAAUAUUGCAUUGGCUGGAAACGCUACUAUUGGAACUGUAGCAUCCACUGGUACUGCCAGAUAUGAAACCUCAAAUUCUUCAAGUCGAUGGUCAACCAGCAAACCAACAAAAAAACCACCCGCGGGAUUGAGCAACCACUUGAUAAAUACUCGGACCAAGACUAUUGUCACAUCAUCAGAACGGUUACCACUUCUCCGGGUCUUGACAAACUCCAAAAUCUCUGAAUUUUCGCAAUCGGUGCUCUUUGAUGAAUUAUCGAGUAUUGAUACCAAAAACCUGUCGAAACUCCAGCAGGACUUGCACAAUUCGAGUAUAAAUUAUGAUUAUACGUACACCCCGUCGUCAUCUUCUUCAGCAUCACCAACAACACAAAUACCAUCACGAACUGGCAGAAGUGAGCAAGCUUCACUUAACUCCAAAUCGCCAACUUCAAGGACUAGUACAUAUGGAACACCUCCUGAGCUUCCUAGAGCCGCUGAACCUUCUUCGCAUGUUGUUGUUGAAUCAGAUUCUAGUCAACGAUUACACAAGCUUCAAGCUAUGAUUCGACAGCAUUUUGGAAGUGAUUUUAAAAGUGUUACAGUAUCUAAUGGACCGAAUAGUACUAUACGUAUGUCUUUGCCGCAUGAAGUGUUGAAGGAGUCGGGAACGUUACGGCACUUUCAGAAGUCUAUGCGAUCAUUUCGAGAGGGAAUCACCAAUAGUAUUGAGCUACCAACGUUGGAUUCUAGUAUUCUACUCGACGCUGCAAUGUUUAUGAUUGCAAGCUACCACUCGAAACAGAGUCGCACAGAAUUAAGUUUCAAUCCAGUACGUGAGCAUUUGCUAGAAUUAAUGGAUGCUGCUGUAUACCUGGAUUUACCCGGUCUUGUCAACAUAUGUGCUCAGCAGGCUGCUGAAAAUCUGUUUGAUGUAGACAGUUUUGGUGAUUUGCAAAGUGUAUGCAUUCGCAACAUCCUCCGUCGAGCUGCUAUACCGCAAUUAUGUUGGGCCGAGCAUAGAGUGCUAAAAUCAGAGUUCUCUACAGAUUCAAUUUGGCAUUCUCGAUACUGCAACAUCUUAGCAGCAUCAAGUGCAGUCACCCUCUCAUCUCCUCGGCUACAUUGCAUUAAACAUUACGUGGAAGAAUGUCUCGCCAAACCUCUCUCAUCAGAUACAGCGGUGGAUGUACUCUACGUAUUAGAACACGAUGGACUAGAUUUAGAAGAAAUGAAAAUAGGAACAGCACCAUGGGAGACCUUUGGAUCACGUCAACGAAUGCGUAAAAUAUUGAACUCGUUGCCAAAGUGUACUCGAUUGACUAUUACACUGCGGAAAUUCCAUGCUGCUAUGGUUUCUGAUAUAUUAGCAGAUUCACGAGCUUGGAAACGCAAUCUGACUCUUGAGAUACCUUGUAAUGGUAUACCAGCAAGUGUUAAUCUGUCGCCACUGUUGACAAGGACUUUACAGGAAUCUUCGAGUGUGAUACCAGCCCGAGAUAAGAGUGGGAUGGCAGUAAUGCUAGAUAAAACGCAGCAAUUAGAAGUCGGGGAGUCUUUGUCACGUCAAGAAACAAGACCGACGCGACGUGAAGAGUGGUUUGGGAUAUCAUUACGACUAGUACCUUCAGCCAUUGGAUUGUCAGAUGCGGAUUUCGACUCCUUCCUAAAUGAUACACUCUCAAGCUGUUACAUCUCCGAACUAGAUACAUCGAAAAUGAGAUUGUGUCCAGAAUUCAUCUCGAACCUGGUGGUCAACACAGGAUCACGUCUUACAAGGCUGAAAUUGUCUUCAAGUGGAAUAAACUCUCUCAGCUUAAUCAACCUAUUUCGAUCACUUACGUCAUAUUAUUCGUAUCUCCAAGAACUCGACAUUUCUCAAAACCUUAACGCACCGUCAGAUGCCAGCUGCACGGAAGCUGCUCAAUACCUUUCUAAAUACUUGUCAUCGCCACAAUGUCGAAUCAGAACCCUCAAUAUUAGCUCAACCAGACUCGGAGUAUCUGGUCUCUUAUCUCUGUUUGAAGGAGUUUCUCGAUGUAAAACCCUUCAGCACCUAAAUUUGGCCGAUACCGAUAUGUCACCUGUCUCAAGUGCGCUUUUUACAUGUCUUGAAACCAAGCCAUUAGAGUCUUUGAAUCUAGCCGGCAACUCAUUACCUCCUCGAAUGGUGCUCACUCUACUCGGAAAUGCGUCGCAUGGAAUUGCUUCCUUUGUCAGAGACUUGAAUCUAAAUGGAUGUCUAUGGCAUGAAGAAUGCAUCGAAAAACUUGCUGCUGCUCUUGAAAAUUCCUCAUGUCGCCUGACACAUCUUCAUUUAGCUGGAGGUAGUGCUAGUCUCAGCCAUGGGCUUGAAGAUAAAGGAUGCAGUAUCCUCGCUUCUGGAAUCCAACGUAACAGGAGUCUACUACGUUUGGAUAUAUCAAGCCAACAAAUCGGCGAUUACGGAUUAAAGAAACUGUUUCAAGCUGCAAUACAUUGUCCCACACUACACACCAUCAUCGCACAAGAAAAUUGUGUGACAAGUGAUUCAAUCAAGGUCGUAAACAAGCUUCUACGAAAGACUCCAUCCUCCGCAACUGGCAGUAUGUACCUGAUUGACUUGAGAGAGAACUUUAUCAAGGGUCCCGUGACAGAGUUUUUGAAUGCUGUGGUGCUUACAGGAACCAGUCGAAAUCUUUAG